AGCCUGCCAGACAAGAGACCUGGAUAAAAAUGGAAAGAUAGGAACUCUUUGGAAUGCAAGCAAGAAUGAAUCCUUAGCAGUGUGAAUACCAUGUGUUUAUUGUUUUCUCCCUGCGGUGGCAGAGCUGCUUAUGACUACAGGAUGAAUAUUUGAACAACAAUCUUCAGUCUUGCUUCAAAAUGUCUCUGUGUGCAUCUUCUCACAAGGACUUUUCUCAGUUGCUGCCACUUCAAGAUAUUGGAUGUAAUAAAACAGAAAUCAAAAACUCACCUGCUAGUAUCGUCUCUCCAGUUCCCAGUUGUAAUCAGCCCACGUUGACAGCAGAACACAGUCCAGUCUAUAUCCCCUCCUCAUACAUGGAGAACAGACAUGAAUAUUCUGCAAUGGCUUUCUGCAGCCCUGCUAUGAUGAAUUACAACAUUACCAGCAAUUUUGGUGAUUCGGAGAGUGCGUCCGUGAGGCAAACGUCGAGCCCCAGUGUGAUCUGGUCUGCCCCUGGCCACCUUUCCCCUCUGACGCUGCACUGUCAGUCGUCGCUUCUGUACACCGAGCAGCCAAAGAGUCCGUGGUGCGAAGCAAGACCCAUGGAGCCCGUGCUGCCUGUCACCAGAGAAACGUUAAAAAGAAAAACUCACGGCAACGACUGUACAAGCCCCAUUGCAAAUAAUCCUGGCUCAAAAAGGGAUGCCCACUUCUGUGCAGUCUGCAGUGACUAUGCUUCAGGAUACCACUAUGGGGUCUGGUCGUGUGAAGGCUGCAAAGCGUUCUUUAAAAGGAGCAUUCAAGGACAUAAUGAUUACAUCUGCCCAGCUACCAAUCAAUGCACGAUAGACAAAAACAGGCGCAAAAGCUGCCAGGCAUGCCGGCUACGGAAAUGUUAUGAAGUGGGAAUGAUGAAAUGUGGCUCAAGAAGAGAACGUUGUGGAUAUCGGAUCCUGCGUCGCCACCGUAAUUCAGAAGAUCAGGUGCAUUGCAUUGGCAAAGCUAAGAAAUACAUUGAGACGGCAACCCGCGUAAAAGAGAUCCUGCUCAGCACAGUCAGCCCAGAGCAGUUUGUUUUAAUGCUACUCGAAGCAGAGCCUCCCAAUGUGUUGGUGAGUCGGCCCAGCAAACCAUUCACGGAGGCCUCCAUGAUGAUGUCCUUGACAAAACUGGCAGACAAAGAGCUGGUUCACAUGAUUGGUUGGGCCAAAAAAAUUCCUGGCUUCAUUGAUCUCAGCCUCUAUGACCAAGUGAGACUCUUGGAGAGCUGCUGGAUGGAAGUUUUAAUGAUUGGUUUGAUGUGGAGAUCAAUCGACCAUCCCGGGAAAUUAAUAUUUGCACCAGACCUUGUACUAGACAGGGACGAGGGGAAAUGCGUAGAGGGAAUUUUGGAGAUCUUUGAUAUGCUCCUGGCCAUGACCUCGAGGUUCCGAGAGCUGAAGCUGCAGCACAAGGAGUAUCUGUGUGUCAAGGCAAUGAUUCUCCUCAAUUCCAGCAUGUUUCCCUUGUCAGCAGAAGAACCUGAAAGCAACAGGAAACUGCAUCACCUGCUGAACAUAGUCACCGAUGCUCUGGUGUGGGUCAUUGCCAAGAGCGGAAUCCCCUCGCAGCAGCAGACAACUCGUCUGGCCAAUUUGCUGAUGCUCCUCUCUCACAUCAGACACGCAAGCAACAAGGGAAUGGAGCAUCUCCUCAGCAUGAAGUGUAAAAAUGUGGUCCCAGUGUAUGACUUGCUGCUGGAGAUGCUGAACGCCCACACUCUGCGGGGGCAAAGGAAGUCCCCGAUCACACAUCCCGAAUUUGGCCCAUUCGAACAAAUGGAGACUGGAGACAGCCUGCGAGCCGGGGCAGCUCAGUAAUUCUGCCGAGACCUGGAAAUGUGAAACUUGUUCAAAGCUACAGGGAGAAAAAUCAAAGCUACUCUGAUGGGACUGCUGAAGUGUGACCGAGUGCGAGGCCUCAUCCUGUCUUGAUUUGCACAUGGGCAUCUUGGGAAAGGCUGGUGGGACACAUGUCUCAGUCCGUGUUUCUGAUGUUACAACAGCUGCACUUUCGUAGUGCCUUUUCCAAGACUCUUCAAAAGCACCUUAUGAAACUCAGCCUCAGAGCAGUACUGCGAGACGGGAAUUGCUGCCUCUCCUGGUUUAGAGGCAGGUGGACUGAGAAGGAGAGAUCAGUGGCCUGGUUUAAGGUGACAAAGUCAUCUGUGUCAGGUCUAGGAGUGAGCACCUUGGUCGUCUUCUCCUGGACCAAGGCUUUUAAGCCCCGACUAAGCAACCUCCUCUUUCAGAGUGAGAUUGUUCAAAAGGUAGAGCAGCAUCAUUUGGGACUGAUCUGCUAACCUGUGUGUGCUGGUCCAUGGGGAACACCCGCUCUGCAGCUGGUCUAGAUAAAGUGCCGAGAUAUGUACAGUGUAAAGGAGUUUGUUCUUUUCUCAAAUAUGCAAUGGCUGCAAGGGCCUCCAUUUGGAGACCACUCAGAAUAGCUUGUAGGGACCAUUCAGAACCUCUUCAGAAAUGUUAAAUCGAGCUUAAAGUUUGUAUUUUGUGAGUCUGUUCUUAACACUCACAUAAUUAUCUGUGUAUAACUCUUCAGUGCUUUAAACAAUGACCAAACUGCCUGGAUAUUUCAGUCAAUGCUGACCUUUGAAACGUGUUUUUGUCUGUGAGAUCAACGUUGUUUUAUAUAUUUAUUAACGAUGUUAAAUCUGUUAUCAUAUUUAGGUACAAGAGGUUGCUCCGUGAGUAUUAACUGUUUGCAUUUGUAUAUGAUCUGCUAAUCAGGGCUUGUGAAAUCAGCUACAAACAAACCACUUUCCCUCCCUUUUUGACUCAAGUGUAGAAUUACAUCCUGUCCACCCAAAACCACUUGCUGCCGUCUUGCAGGGGACGAGGACCUGAGCCUGGACCUGCUUUUCUCGGCUGCCCUCAGGUUUGCUGCUGUUUUGUUUUCGAAGCGCAUGGCACCUUCUGCUGUGGUCCUCAAAUCUUGCGUAGGGUCCCCCAAAGAGCAGGGUGGGUGAUGGCUCCGGCACUUCCUUUGCUUUGCAAGUUGGCUGAUUUGUUUGAAUUUCACUGAAGAUGCAGGUUUAAACCCCAAUGUUGUGCUGAGCUCUGCAUGUGUUUAAGCUGCACGGAGUGAAAAAAACCAACAACAGAAAUCCCCAACAAAACCAGAGGCAUUACUCUGGCUGAUGACCCCAGUGAGGAGCAGGAUGACACCAUUCAUUCUGGCAACUGCCAAUAUUGCAUUUUGGUGUCAGCUAGAUCUGCAGUUACUCUAAAUAGAUAUGUUUAAAUAUGAUACAUGCACGUGCUGGGCGUUCCAGCUACUGUGAAAUUUAACUGGGAUCACACCAAAAGUCUAUUUUGAGCCAGUAAGUCUUUUGGAUUAGGGACUUUGAUUAGUGUGCCACUUACAUAUUUUGAAUAUUAGUCAAACUUUUGAUCUUGAUGUUUUUUUAAAGCCAAGGACAAUAUUUUUUAUAGGAGGGACAUGAAGAGUUUUCAGUGAGUUACACAAAUCUAUUGUCCUGUUUUGAUCUUAUACUAUACCAGAUGCUGCUGAUGGUCUAAAUUUUUACUAGCUACCUUUUUAUUGUUUUUAAGAAACUGUAAUAUAGCAGUGCCCUUUGAAAUAAGUGUAAUAUGUACUACAAAGAAGGGGAAAAUGGGAGUACAGUUUGGAAUUCAUUGGUACAUUUAUUUUGAGGGAAGUUUUGCUGUGAAACAGACGUUUUUCAGUGUUUCUUGGGCUUGAUCACAUUCCGGCCUCAGUGUCUGUUGUGUUGUUCUUUCUCUGAUUUUUCCUUAUCCUGUGUAAUCUUUUUGUUUAAUACAGUUUUUCAAAGAAAUGGUUAAAA